UGCAUAUGUUUCUUUUUUCUGUCCCUGAGGUGACUCCAGAGCUAUCCAACUGUUCCCCUCCGGGAAAACUAUUAGCGAAGUGCAGUGGAGCAAGCAUGCAUAUCUAGUGAUGGUAUUUAUUGGGAUAGCUUCAAACUGGACCAGCGCAAAAAGAUAGCUUAAAUCUGGCGCUAAAUCAACCGAAUCUAAUUCGAGUUGGCGAAAUCUGACCCAUCUCACGCGCCGAGAUUUCACCUGUCGGGAUUCGUUGGAGAAACCAGCGAGGAUAAGAGAAGCCAAGCCCUCAUCAAGAGGAAAGGCUGCGGCUUUGGCACCGGAAAAAGCUGUUCUCGUUCAUGCGAGGAUCUCUGUUGGUGUAGCAGCUGGAGACCCUGGUUAGCUGUGUUACAGGUUUGCUUCUUUGACCGGAGCAUCAAAUCGUUGGAGCCGGAGGAAUGAUUUUACAGCUUGUGUUGUUUGUACUCUGUUCCAUCGGUGGAGCUCUCUCUGAAGAAUCCCCAGAUGUAACGAUCAUAGUCAAAGGAUCUGAUCUAGCUGCUGAGACUGAUGAUACUUUUGUCUGUGCAACUCUUGAUUGGUGGCCUCAUGACAAGUGUAACUAUAAUCAAUGUCCAUGGGGACAAUCUUCGGUUCUGAAUCUGGACUUAUCGCAUCCUUUCCUAGCUAAUGCCAUCCAAGCUUUUGAUCGUUUGCGGAUACGAGUUGGAGGCUCCUUACAAGACCAAGUUGUGUAUGGCGUGCCAAGUUUGGAGUAUCCAUGCCUUCCUUUUUCCAAGAUGAGUGGUGGCUUGUUUGGUUUUUCUAAAGCUUGCUUGAGCAUAGAAAGGUGGGACGAGCUAAACCUUCUUUUUCAGAAGACGGGAGCGAUUAUCACAUUUGGUCUGAAUGCACUACGUGGGAGGCACCGUGUACACAACGGUCUGUGGGCAGGUGAUUGGAACUCCACAAAUACUCGAGAUUUCAUUGAGUACACAAUCUCAAAAGGAUACGAGGUUGAUUCAUGGGAAUUCGGAAAUGAAUUGAGUGGAAGAGGUAUCGACGCAAGAGUUAGUGCUGAACAAUAUGCAAAAGAUUUGGUUGUCCUUAGAGCUCUUCUUAAGGAGUUAUAUGAAGAUUCAAACACGCAACCGAUGCUAGUUGCUCCUGGAGGAUUCUUUGAUCAGCAAUGGUAUGCUCAGCUUCUACAGGAUUCAGGUCUGGGUGUUGUCAACGUCAUGACACAUCAUAUAUACAAUCUUGGUGGAGGCGAUGAUUCCCAUAUUGAGAGUAAAAUAAUGGAUCCUCAAUAUUUAAGUCGGGUAGCAGAUACAUUCAGAAAUCUCCAACUUACAAUAGAAAGACAUGGACCAUGGUCAUCUGCUUGGGUAGGGGAAGCUGGUGGUGCAUUCAACAGCGGAAGCCGUCUUGUCUCGAAUACAUUUCUCAACAGCUUCUGGUACUUGGAUCAAUUGGGCAUGGCAUCAAAGUACAACACUAAGGUUUAUUGCAGGCAGACCUUGAUUGGAGGGAAUUAUGGUCUCCUCGACACAGACACUUUCAUACCGAAUCCUGAUUACUACAGUGCGCUACUGUGGCAUCGGCUAAUGGGGAAAGGAGUACUUUCCGUGGAUAUCAGUGGCUCAUCAUACUUACGAGCCUAUGCCCACUGCAGGAAAGGAAAGGCAGGCAUCUCUCUAGUCUUGAUCAACCUAAGCAAAUCCACCAAGUUUAGUGUGACGGUCCGAAACGAUCUCAACGUCAUUCUGGCCGAGGGGGAAGGCAUUCACAAGGAAAAUUCCUUCAUCCACGGUCUUAAGAGAACAUUCUCCUGGGUGGGCAAGAAAGCAUCAGAUGAGUCGGAAAAGAGAGAGGAGUAUCAUCUAACCGGUAAGGAUGAUAACCAUCUAAGCCGAACUGCGCUAUUGAAUGGCACUCCUUUGGAGCUCACCGAAGAUGGAGAUAUUCCACCUCUGGAUCCUGUACAUGUUCCAACGAACUCCCCUGUAGAUGUAUCACCCUUGUCUAUUGCAUUUGUCGUUUUCCCCAACUUCGAAGCUCAAGCUUGCGCCUAACCAGGAUGCACCGCUUAGUGUCGUAUCCUAUUGCGCAUGAUAUCUGAUUUGUUUUGACAAAUUUGUAUCGUGUAACAGUUUGGUCAUUGGAUCAAAAUAAGUUCUGUAAGUUGUUCAUGUGAGCAAAAUAAGAUGUAUGAUGAAUUUUUAUCAUGAAUUAUCUUCCAUAUUUCAUACGGAUUUGG